ACGGCGGCGGCAUGCGGCUGCCGGGGCUGUGCCUGGCGCUCCUCUGCGCCGCCGGGGCCGGCUCCCCGCGGGCGGAGCGGGAGCAGCCGCCGGGGCCGGGAGCGCCCGCGGGACGCGUGGAUCCCCGCCAGGCGUGGAUGCUGCUGGCCGGGAGCCCCGGGCGGGCGAGCGGCAGCCGGGCGCGGGGAAGGACGGGCGCGGUACGGGAUGGGACGAGGGCUGGCACGGCACCGGUACCGACCCGUGGCGAAUCUCCAGGAUCAUCGCCCCAGGCUGCCAUGCAAGUCGGUGUGCCAGGCGCUAUCCCUGCUCUGCCCGGGGCCCCCGCCGUGCUGGAAGAGCUGCUGAGGGAGCUGCAGCUCCUGCUGAAAGGUAUGGUGAAGGAUCAGGCGAAGACACAUGGAAAGGCCUGGGAAGGGCGUGAGGACGAGGAGGAAAACAGCAAAGGCAACUCACAGGCUGGCUCCCAUCAUCGCGUGGAAGCAGCGUUCCGCUGCUGGACACGUGAAAAUAUCUCAGUCGAGCAGAGAGUGCAGCAGGAGCUGCGGCUCUACUACAUCCCGGAGAAGGAGGGGAUGUUUCACCGUGGCACAGGGCUGAACCUGACCAGCGGGCAGUACACGGCCCCAGUUGCAGGGUACUACACCUUCACCGCCACACUGCACAUCGUGCGCAGAGAGCAGCGGAGGAAGGGGCAGUCGUGCAGGGGAAAUCGGCUGCGGGUGCUGAUCUGUGUGCAGUCCUGCUGUCAGCACAACAGCAAUUUGGAGACCAUGUCCCGGCUGGAGGGUGGUGGUGACCUUUUCACCAUCUCUGUCACUGGAGUCCUUUACCUGCAGGUUAGUGGCACCAGCUCUGCUCAGGACUGUGCUGGGCAGGAAGAUGCCUUCCACGGCCCCAGCUCCAGGGGAGAGCAUCAAGUCUCUCAGCCCAGCCCUAAGCGCAAAGCACUGAGGUCUCUGGGACACCAUAGCACAAACUAUGCUGCCCUAUCAGCCUCUGUGUCACCAUUCUGCAAGAAGGAAGUGGCAGGGGGAAGCAGCCCCUCCAGCCCUCGGCUGCUGCACGCAAGGGAGAGCUGUCUCCUUUGCUCUGCCAGGCUGUGCCUAGCACCUGGAAGAGGCAUCCCAGCCCUGUUAAGCCCUCUCUCCCUCCAGGCUGGACAGUAUGCCUCUGUUUUCGUGGACAACACUGCAGGCUCUCCCCUCACUGUUCAAAGUGGCUCCGAUUUCAGCGCCAUUCUGCUGGGGGUGUGAAAAGGCACUGGGCACCACACGGGGAGCUGAACCUGUGCCAGGAACAGCCAGACCCUUCCUUCUGCCAGCCGCCAUCACACCUUUGCUGCUCUGCACCAAGCCCAGGGAAGAGCUUUUGCUGGUGCAGCAGCUGCAGGCUGGUCCGAUACUCCUCGUGCUGCAGAGCCAUCUGAAGCUGGACAAAAGACUGGGGAGGAAAGGAUGAUGAU